AUGAACAGAGUACAACACGGUCAAACAAAGAAAAAGAAGGUAUUUGCUGACAACUCAAACGCAGCAUUUUCAAGACCACAACAAGACUCUGCACAGACAACAUCCGAUGCUCCUUCCGGAAGCACUCACACUACUCAUUCCCAUCAUCGUCAUCACCAUCAUCAUCGGGAUGGAAAGAAAAACAGAAAUGGAGAACAAGUUAGUACGACCACGAACGCUCCGUUAGCAAACGAAAAUAGUGUUAGCAGCACAAACACUUCCACCACUCGGCACCCGCGAAGAGAAUCUCACUUUACUUGCUGCAUUUGUUGUGAGGAUGCACAUAUGCACAGCAUUUUUGAAACGUGUAACCAUGUCGACAUUUGUCACAAGUGUACUUUGAAACUUCGAGUUUUUAAUAAUGACAAUAGAUGUUCGAUUUGUAAGAAUCCUUCUGACACUGUGAUUUUCUCAAGGAAUGCAAACAAAUCGUUCGCUGAUUAUAACAAGGAUGACUUAAUUUAUGAUGAAACUUGGAAAAUAUAUACUGAUGAUUAUUUGUUGAUGAAUGAAUUGACGUCCCUUCGGAGAAUAGAAUGCAAAUUAUGUAAAGAACAAAACGGUCUUGUGGUUAGCUUUGAAAACACUCAACUUUUGAACCAUCACAUGAAUGAAGUUCACAAACUUAAUUAUUGCUCGCUCUGUUUAAAGAGUAGAAAAGUAUUUCUGGCGGAUCAAAAGCUUUACACAUGGAAUAAUUUAAUGAAGCAUCUCAAGCUAGGAGAAGAAGAUGAAAAUGGCAGAAUUGAAGGCCAUCCUCUUUGCAAGUUUUGUAACAUUCGGUUCUACUCAGAUGAUGAAAUUUUUGAUCACAUGUACAAACAACACGAGCGCUGUUUUAUUUGUCAGAAACAUGGUGUUCAAUUCGAAUUCUACAAGGACUACAAACAUCUUGAGAGACAUUUUGACGAAAAGCACUUUUUAUGUCCUUUCCAAGAAUGCAGAGAACAAGGAUUUAAAGUUUUUGAAAACGAAUUAGAUUUAUUUGCUCACAAGAACAAGUAUCACUCCUCAGCAUCCUCUACUAAGCGUGGAAAGAUUGUGUUAGAUAUAUCAACCCUAAGCAACAUUUCACACGUUCCAAACGAUGCCGAGAGAAGACAAGUUCGUACAGGAGAAAUUAAUUCUUCUGUCAUUCGAUUUGUGGAUACUGGUGGCGAUGGAUAUCACAAUGACUCACUUCAUAAAAAGAGUGCAGAGGCUUCCUCCUACUCAGACCAAAAGAAGAAGCAUCACAAAGGAAGAAAAGAAACCGGAAGUGGAGAUGUGAAAGAAAAGAAUAUCAACCUCGUGAAACGAAUGAAAGAAAUGGUUUCAGAGUCUCAAUAUCAAGAGUUGAAAUUCUUAAGUACUCAAUUUUUAAGAGGGGAAUCUUUAGCAAGUGAAUACUAUGCCAAGAUUGUUUCCAUUCUAGAUGAAAACAAGAAACAAGCCUUAAUACUGGCAAAGAACACUUAUCACUCCCCUGAAUUUAACCCAAAUCUCAACAAAGAACAGCCAGCUACAGCAGCAUCAAAACAGCAAGACAAAGCUCCUCAAGAAAACUGGCCAACUCUUUCCAAUACUCCUCAAACAUCAUCCAAGCCAAAUUGGAAUCCUGCUCAAGCAUCCAACACACAACCAAAACCAAAAAAGGAGAAGCAACGACCCUCUCCCAUUUCACACAAUAUUGUGAGAACUCCUGACCUUCUUUGGGGAGUUCAGGGAUCUGGUACACCACCAGCUAAGCUUGACAAAGAGCAAGAGUUCCCUUCUCUUGGUUCCUCUUCCUCUCCUCCACCUUCCAACAAAGUUAAAAAAUCAAAUUCCAAUUGGACAAAACCUCUCAAGACAAUUGAUGAAGACUCUGAAGACAAAUCUAAGCAUGAGUUUUCUGAAUUUGGUAACGUUAAAGUUUAUAAAUUCUCUGACAAGAAGAAGAAAAAGAAUAAGUAA